AUGGAGAAGGAGUAUGGUGUGAAUACUGUUUCUCUCGAGAUGGAUCGCGGUGCGGAGGAGGCGUCGGGAGAAUCUCAGAGCGAGUCGACUCUCUCUAACUCGCCCGAGUCGGGUCUUACGGUCGAGAGCUCUCGUGGUGUUGCGGAUUCGAAGAAGAUGGGUGAAGGUGCUGGUUGGACGAAUGAGAAACACAACUCGUAUCUUGCUUAUUUAGAGAACUCGUUUGUUAAGCAGUUGUAUUCCUUACUUGGAGGAGAGGAAACUCAGAGACUCUCUAGAACUCGUGAUGUGCAGUAUGACUCACACAAAUCGACUGAUCAGUUUACGGUACUACAAAAUGGUUGCCGCCAGAAGGUUAACUUCGGAAAGAAACGACCUCAUUUAGAGACGUCUUCGGGAACUCCUGUCCAAGUUAAGGAAGAAAUCGUAAACUCUAGUGAUAAGAAUUUCACUAAAACAUCCAUGAGAGCUUCUUUUGGGCAUCAGUAUCCAACUCAAAGCACUGCAGAGGCGUCAGGGCAGAAUUUCAGAGAAGAAGUAGAAGAGAAGGGAUGUGAUUUAAGGGUAUCUAGGAAACGCAGAAGAGAAGCCAACUAUGAUGAUAAUUCAUUGAAUGAUCAGGUUGUGCCGUAA